AUGUCACAACCAUGUGCUAUUAAAACAUGUAAACGUGCAUCACGUACUUUAUGUCAUUGCUGUAAUCAAAAUCUUUGUCGAGAUCAUUUCAAUGAACAUGAUGAUUUACUCAAUUCGCAAUUGAAUCCUUUAACUGACAGAGUCAAUGUAUUAGGUGAUCGACUAACAGCAAUAAAGAUCGACAACAUAAACAAUGAAUAUCGUCAAAAACUUAAUCAAUGGCGUAUGAAUUGUCAUAAAAAAAUUGAUCUUUAUUAUGAACAAAAAUGUCAAGAACUUGAUCGAUAUGUUACCGAAAAAUUAGACGAACAACGAAAAGAAAUUGCUAAUCUACGUUCAACAAUGAUUGAACUAAUCGAUAAACAGGAAACAACAAAAAAUGACAUCAAUUCACUUACAUUGGCUAUUUAUACUUUAGAGCAAAAAAUGAAUGAGAUUGAACAGAUCCAUAUUCAAGUUGAUAUGCAUUCAUUAGUAAUAGAUGAUAAUUUGAUUCAGAUUGGAAAAUCAACUAUGCAUCAGUUUGAUUUGUUAAAUCUCCCUCCUCUAUGUGGAGUAAUUAAUCGAUCACGUAUGAGUUAUAAUUCACUAGCUGGUAAUGAUCGAUUUCUAUUGACAUGUAUUGAUUCCAAUUUAUGUUUGAUCGAUAACGCUUUGUCAGUAGUGAAACAGAAUAAAUGGGAUUAUGGUGAUAUUGAAGACAUGUGUUGGUCGGAAGUAUUAAAACAUUUCUUUGUACUAGUUAAACAGAAUGUACUGUUAGUUGAUGAAAAUACAAUGUCAAUUAAAAAAGUGCAACAAAUCAAAGAUGAAAACUGGAACUCUUGUGGAUGUUCCGAUAAAUCUUUAUAUUUAUCACGAUGUGACUGGGAUUCAUCUAUGCUCGAGUUCAGCUUACUACCAUCAAUUCAAUUGCUGAACAUUUGGAAAACUACUGAUAACUUAGAACAAAAGCAACGAUUAGAUGCUAUUACAUACCAUAACGGAACACUUGCUUUGGCAAUCAAUGAUCAAUCUAAUGAGGCAAAACUUAUUGAAUUGAGAUCAUCAAAGACGUUCAAACUACUUUGGUCAAUUCAGCUUGAUGUCAAUUAUAAUAUCGCAGUACUUCGUUGUUGUCGAUUUAAUCAUGACGAUUUGCUUCUAGUUGAUUGGCGAACGUCAUAUCUUUUUCAUAUAACUAAUGAUGGAAAAAUCAAAGGAACAAAUGAAUACCAACCGGUACCUUAUAAUAUAAACUUAUUUAGUUCAAACAUACUAGCCAUAUUAACUGACACUACUGUUAAUUUUCACAAACUAUAG